CCUUCUCCCAUUGAAACACCAUCACCUGCUGCAUCACCACCACCUGGGGUGACUUCCACCAGUGCCAUCCAGCCCGAGGUCCAGGUGGCACCUCAGGUUGCAGGGAGCAUCGUGUCAUCUGUCAAUACAGGAGGGGCAGAUGGGGGUAGAGAUGGAGAUGAAGCACACGAGAGAGGGAGUGCAGAGGUGGAGAAGGAAGAGGUGAGGGUACAAGAGAUUGAACAGGAGGAAGAAAAACCCCAGGCUCAACCACCACAACCAAUUCAGCAAGAGGUGAAGAAAGAGACAGAGGAGCUGGAAAAGGAAACAGCAAGUACAGGAGGCACAGGAAGGAGGCAAAGCUUGCAUCACACUGCUUCACCAAUCAGAGUGCAGAGGAAUGGAGCAUGCAGUCACUCUACAACCUCCGACUAUGAACUCUCGCUCGACCUCAAAAACAAGCAGAUCGAAAUGUUAGAGCACAAAUAUGGGGGCCACCUCAUCUCACGCCACGCUGCUUGCAAGAUCCAAACAGCCUUUCGCCAGUAUCAGCUCAGCAAAAACUUUGAGAAGAUCCGAAACUCCCUCCUGGAAAGUCGUUUGCCACGCCGUAUCUCCCUACGAAAAGUGCGGGUGCAAAAUACAGAAGGUAUCUCAGCUGAACGGGCGCUGGCUGAAGGCUACAAUCUGACAAGUAUCCCCCUUGUCCGGUCCCCGUCCCUGCCAACCACGGUAGGUGGCUCCCUUACUGAUCUUGAAGAUUCCUUUAAUGAGCAAGUCCAGUCCCUUGCCAAAUCCAUUGAUGAUGCACUUAGCAACUGGAGCAUGAAGACCAUGUGUUCACUCCAAGAAGGUGGCACCUACCAAUUUAGCUCAGAGGCCUUUAGUACGGCUGGUAACAAUACUGGGUUCGCAGGAACAGUACAAGAAUGUGACCCCAUGGACCCUGCCACAUUCAAUAGUGGAAUAGGCCAAGUAGACAACUCUGAGAACGUGGCCCGUAGUGCCAGCAAGCUGAUGAUGGCCUUCCGGGAUGUGACAGUUCAAAUUGACAGCAAGAAUUUUCAUGUGUCCUCUUCCGUUAUGGAGUCCUCCACCUCUGUUUCCCUUGGUAAUUGUGUUCAGCAGGGGGCCAUAAUUGCUGAAAGCCCACAGCAACCUCUGGUCAAUGAUGCAAAGGAACAGCAUCAACAAGAACAGCCACCGGCAUCUCCCCAGUAUCCAGCUCCUCCACCCCUAGAGUGGGAUGCUGAGGAAGUACUAGAUGGCGACUUCCCAGAUCCUCCUCCAAGUGAGGAGGAGCUUGGGGAGGAUCUUUCACCUCUGGCAAUGGAGAAACAGGAAGUUCCAGAACCAGCAAUUCUAGCAGAGACAGCAAUAACCUCUGAAACCUUGUCUCCACCAGAGGUUGCAGAGAUGCCAGUCACCCCAACUGUAGAGGUUUUGGAAGCUAAACGAAUUGAGUCAGACACAGCGGACAACAGCUCAGAGCAGAUGAGUAGCAGCAGUACAUCCACAUCAGCCCGGUCGACUUCUGAGGUCUCGUCCAAAGAGGCUUUACAGGAUAUGAUUCUUAGCUUGCCCCGAUACCACUGCGAAAACCCAACCAGUUGCAAAUCUCCUACCCUCUCUACUGACGUCAUUCGAAAACGUCUAUAUCGUAUUGGUCUCAACCUCUUCAACAUAAAUCCACACAAGGGCCUCCAGUUUCUCAUCUCCCGUGGGUUCAUUCCAGAUACGCCUAUAGGUGUGGCACACUUCCUGCUUCAGAGGAAGGGGCUGAGUCGACAGAUGAUCGGCGAGUUUCUUGGCAACAGCAAGAAGCCGUUUAACAGAGAUGUGUUAGACUGUGUGGUGGAUGAGAUGGAUUUCUCGGCGAUGGAGUUGGAUGAGGCUCUGAGGAAGUUUCAGGCUCAUAUCCGUGUGCAAGGUGAAGCACAAAAAGUGGAGAGACUGAUAGAGGCAUUCAGCCAGCGUUACUGUAUGUGUAACCCAGAUGUGGUGCAGCAGUUCCACAAUCCAGACACAAUCUUCAUCCUUGCGUUUGCCAUCAUCCUCCUCAACACAGACAUGUACAGUCCCAACAUCAAACCUGACCGAAAGAUGAUGCUGGAAGACUUCAUUCGCAACCUAAGAGGGGUUGACGAUGGUGCAGAUAUUCCACGGGACAUGGUAAUGGGAAUAUAUGAGCGUAUUCAGCUGGGGGAAUUACGAUCAAAUGAAGACCAUGUUACUUAUGUCACCAAGGUGGAGCAAAGCAUUGUGGGAAUGAAAACGGUUCUGUCAGUGCCUCACAGGAGACUAGUGUGCUGCAGUCGACUGUUUGAAGUGACUGAGAUCAACAAACCCCAGAAGCAUGCUGCUCACCAGAGAGAGGUCUUCCUCUUCAACGACCUACUUGUGAUUUUGAAACUGUGUCCAAAGAAGAAGAGUUCAGCUGCCUAUACCUUUUGCAAGGCCUUGGGGCUACUGGGGAUGCAGUUCCACCUGUUCGAAAAUGAAUACUAUCCUCAUGCCAUAACUAUUUUGUCUCCGUGUUCGGGCUCUGAUAAGAAGCAGGUGUUGAAUUUCUGUGCUCAGAGUGCAGAGGACCUGCUCAAGUUCAUAGAGGACCUGAAGGAGUCCAUCGCUGAGGUGUCAGAGAUGGAACAGAUACGUAUUGAAUGGGAGUUGGAGAAACAACAGGGAGCCAAAGGUCACUCCAUAAAGAAUAACGGGACUCUUGAGCUGAGGGGAAGACAAGGUUCUCCUUCUGGCAAACAGGAAAUGAUCACGUCACAGAGCGGACACAAUGCAGUAGAGGUGUCAAUUCACAACAGGCUUCAGACGUACCAGCUCAAUGCAGCACCGCAGAGCCCUGAGAGCACCGCCUUUCUCAACCACCAGAGGGAGCUCAUCCAGCAGCCUCCGUUGCAAUGUGCCAGCCCCUUACCCUCACACUCCUACCAGCCCGUGGCCCUGGCUGAGAUACGACCCGACACGCUCAUCCAGUGUCAGCAAAUCGUCAAGGUCAUCGUCUUGGACAAAGGCGGUCACAGACGUAUGGAGGCGUUCCUUAGCCAGAGCCCCACUCAUCACCAACUCAUCCAGUCUGUCGUCUCCACACCAGUGCGCUCACGUGAUGGCGGAGUCAACCAUGGGGGGAACGAUGGUUCACAACCACCCUUGCCUCCACCACCACCACCAUAUAACCACCCUCAUCAGUAUAUACCCCCAGAUCCCCGUCUUGCACUGCAGAGGACCCCAAGUGGCUCUCGUAGCCUCAUAUAGAGUUCAAACCAAUAACUAUAAAACACUCCAGGCGCACUUUUGACAGAAUUUAUCUAAAUAUGUAUAUACAUAAAAGAAAUAUAAUGUAAAAAAUAAAAUAAAAUUAUAUCAAUAUGCACAUAUUUAAGGUAAGAGACAUGAAGACUUAAUUGACAUUACAGAUAUGUGAAACAACCAAUAAGAAAAUACAAUUUACCUAAUUGCUGGUUAUUUUUAAAUAAUAUGUAGUUUUAUCAAAUUUAUAUAUUGGUUCUCGUCUUUCUGGACACUCUCUGAGGUUAUAUCGAGUACUUGUUCUUGACAGGAUUUCUCUGGUACAUUUUGUUAUAGACAAAAUGUUUUCACAAAAUAAUGUGACACCCGAUUAUACCGGUUUAAAUUCUGCCGACACUUGCUUUUGUGCGGGAGCUGGUUUUACGUGUAAAAUCACCAUUUUUGGCUUUUAUUAUCCUACUGAUGUGUAUGUGUGUGUGUGUGCUUUUGUCUGGAAAAAAAGAUACGUGCCAAAAUGAGGACUCCCUCCUCCGUGGACUUUUUGCACUGUUGAACGCUUAGGGCUAGAGCAAACAUAUGUUUAAAUCAAUGAUCA